GUGAAAGAGAAAACAAAACAAAAUCAGAAUUGCAAUUUGCAAAGCAAAAGAAACCGUUGAAUACAUAGUCACCUUUUUCAGCUUCAGGCACAUAAAAGCAGUGGCAUUACUAUUCUUCUCUAUUUUGCUUAAUAAUGCAUAAACACCACCAAAAAUCUGAGCUUCAAUUCGAAGAAGAAGAAAGCUUGGCCCUUUCUACCUAUUCCUCAUCAACACUAAUUUCACCACCGAACACCAAAUUAGAUCCACAGACUCAAACCACUUCCACCAUUUUCACACCACCAAGCCAAACCCAUCAGUUCGCAAUCCAAAUUUCGCCCUUUUCUUCUUCAUGUACACACAAUCCACCAACCCAACAACACCACGAAGAACAAGAAAGCAACACAACCAUAAUUCCCUCUCAACAUGAACACCAAUGCUUCUUCCCUAACAUGCCAUCAUCAUCAUCAUCACAAUCCCCACUCUCUUCACCCCACAAGAGAACCAUAAUGAACACUGUCAUUACCAACCAUCCCUCUUCCUCAUCGCCAUCGCCCUCGCCUUCACAACUCUCCCCUCCCCGCCAUAACCGCAUCCAAGAUCUCCCAUUUCAGACACCCUUUGGGGCAAAGUUUCAACCUUUGAAGCUUCUCACACAGCCCCACUUCCGCUUCCUCAUAUUCCUCUCCAUACCCUCCCUCUACUUCCUCCUCUCAAACCCUACUCACCGAUCCUUCUUCCCUCUCGAUCUCUUCUACAUAAUCAUCUUCUCAGCAUUGCUAUUGCUCUCUCUCAACCUAGCACUCCCGCGACUACCCUCAAUCCGCUUGUUCCUCGCUCGAUCACUCCCCACAAAGCUGUCUUCAUCAUUUUCCACCUCAAACACUCACCAACCCGUUCUAUGGUCCAUUGGGUCCAACCCCAGGAACCAAAAGAUCCCAAGUUCAGGUUUUUAUGCUCAAAUUUAUAGCAAUGGUGAUGUGUAUGAGGGUGAGUUCCACAAAGGGAAGUGUUCAGGAAGUGGGGUAUAUCACUACCAUAUGAGUGGAAGGUAUGAGGGAGAUUGGGUUGAUGGAAGGUAUGAUGGCUAUGGUGUUGAGACAUGGGCAAGAGGGAGCAGGUAUAGGGGAAUGUAUAGGCAAGGUUUGAGGCAUGGUGUUGGAAUCUAUAGGUCCUACAGUGGGGAUGUGUAUGCUGGUGAGUGGUUCAAUGGGCAGUGCCAUGGCUUUGGAGUUCACACUUGCAAUGAUGGGAGCAAAUAUGUUGGGGAGUUCAAAUGGGGUGUCAAACAUGGGAUUGGCCAGUACCAUUUUAUAAAUGGAGACUUCUAUGCCGGCGAAUAUUUUGCGGACAUGAUGCACGGUUUUGGAGUGUACCAAUUUCAGAAUGGUCAUCACUAUGAAGGAGCGUGGCAUGAAGGAAGAAGACAAGGGCUGGGAAGGUAUACUUUCAGAAAUGGGGAAACACAAUGCGGUCACUGGCAGAAUGGGAUUCUUGACGAUCUGAAAAUGCAGAACAAUCACACUGCUUCUGCAUGUGCUGUGGACCAGGCCAAGGUUUUCAAUGCAGUCAAUGAUGCACAUUCUGCUGCCGAGAAAGCUCAUAACUUGGCGAAGGUAGAUGUUGGGGUGAAUAAAGUGGUGGCUUCGGCUAAUAAAUCAGCAAACGCGGCCAGAGUUGCUGCCAUAAAGGCCGUACAAAAUAGGAUGCAUCAUAAUAAGUAAUACUCACCAUCCUUUCCUCAACCAUGUGGCAACCAGAAAAUGAUGAUAUCAUCUCGGUGUCAUAUUCGUCAGAAGCUACAUGAAUAUUUUCUUGCAUAACAUGUGAGAAAGAAAACAACGGAAGCAGAAUGAACUCAGAAAGAGGAGAAAUCAUAAUAUUUAGGACUAAUGAUAUCUCCUCUGAAAAAUGUGAUAUUACAAGCUUGCUUUCACAUUGCCUUUUAUCAAGGUGCAGCUACGAUGUGUGCCUCUUUGGAACCACUUUCUGUGACUGUGAUUCAAAUCAAUGCCACAGAUUGUGGAGCAAAUAGGUUCAUCACUUUUCAGUGGCUGUGAUGUAUAGGAAGAAGAGUAAAGAAUAAUAAUAAUAGUGUGUUAGAGUUAUUACAGUGCACUAGUCUUUCCAUUUGGGCUGCACUGCAGUUUUAUAUAGUUGUUACCACCAAACAAGUGUUUGUGUUUGGUGAAGAGUCGUAUAAAGUUACGAAGCUCAAUUUCAAUAUCAUUUAAGUUGUUACAGACUAAUGCAACCAUAUAUAAUGAUGUAUGAUUUGUGAUGCCAAUGUGCAGUGAAUAUAAUUUUAGUACAGGAGUUCAGCUAAC